UAUUUUGUAAAAAAUGGAAUUACCAUACAUUGAUAAUUUAGAGUUAGGAGGAUUCAAUUUUGAUAACACUUUGAGGAAUGAAGCCAUUAAGAAACAGACUGGUAAAGAACCAAUCGCUACAAGCACAGGAACUACUAUUGUAGGUAUUGCUUAUAAGGAUGGAGUUGUCAUGGCUGCAGAUACAAGAGCCACAGCUGGACCUACUGUUGGUGAUAAGAAUUGUUUUAAGCUCCAUUACCUAGCUCCUAACAUUUGGUGUGCUGGCUGUGGUACAGCUGCUGAUUGCGACCACGUUACGGAAAUGAUCAAGAGAGACCUUGAACUCCACAGGCUGAACACUGGAAGCCAGAAUAGGAUUGCUACUGCUGUGACUAAGUUCUCUAGUCAUUUAUUUAAUUAUAUGGGACAUAUUGGUGCAGGAAUUAUUUUGGGAGGAAUCGAUGUGAAAGGACCACAGGUCUGGAGUAUCGAUCCUCACGGUCAUACAAUCGCUAUGCCAUACCAUACACAAGGAUCAGGAUCCCUUGCUGCUAUGGGAAUUAUUGAAAACGAGUAUAGAGAAGAAGAUGGAGAGCUUGUCAUGACUGAGGAAGAAGCUAUUGAUCUAGCAACUAGAGCUAUAGAGGCUGGUAUUUAUAACGAUCUCGGUUCAGGAUCCAAUGUUGAUUAUGUUGUUAUUAAUAAAGAAGGACACAAAAUUAAGAGAUCUCAUAAAAGUGAUAAUAAGAAGUUGUUCGAGCACCCUGUUGGAUAUAACUUUCCUAAAGGUACAACUGAAGUCUUGGAAAGCUCUGUCAUCUCUCUUGAUAUUCAAGAUGGACAAGCACCAAUGGAGUUAUAAUUUGGUAAUGAUUUCACAAAUCAAUGAGGCUUUGAGG